GGGCGGGGCGGCGCCACCUCGCUUGUGUGACCAUUAGCAAUCCACCGCCUAUAGAGCCCAUAGCCAAGUCUGGCUCGCGCAGCUGUUGCAGCGGCGACCGCAGCUCGUGGCCAACGCAGCUAGCAGGGCGCUGUGGAUGGAUGCAGUAGCUUGACGUAUCCUGAUGUGCGCCCAAGAGUGUUGGCCGAACGGGAUGGGCGGCUGCAAUCCCCAUACAUUGUCGCGCGCAUUGGGUGGUCGACGUCGUUUGAGGAACGCUGAAGUUCCGUCGCGGCCUCGGAUUCGGUGUGUCCACGCGCCUCGCACGCGGCUGGUCCGACGCCACCGACCUUGCGCCCUCCAUCUGCUUCCUCGAUUUCCUUCGUUGAAGGUCGGGCCACCUUCAACACGAACCGGUCUUUCAUGGUCUAGCCGGUUACAAAAAGUACGCGACGAUUCGGAUGCCAAACCGAUUGGCAUAACCGGCUACGGCAACCGGUUGCGUAUGUGACACGGGGUGUGAGAGGUGUUUCGUUGACGGCGCCCACUUGCAUUUCGCCACAGGAUUGAAGAUGGCGACAACGUUGAACCUUGUUGGCGCGGCCGCGGCCGCCACGGCCAUCGUCGGCGCUACUGCCCUCCGACUGAGCUUCGCGCCCGGCGACGAGCUUGCCGAGGACCGCCGUGCAGAGCCGCUGCUCGUCGAAGAGCUCGCGCUCCAGGCCAAGUACAAGUUUGAGGUCAUCGACCUCCCCGUGCCGAGCUCGUCGUCGUCCGAGCCGAUGAAGGUGCACACCAAGUACUACUACCCGACCACGGAGUCGCCCAAGGGCGUCAUCGUGUACCUCCACGGCCUCAACUCGCACAGCGGCCGCAUCACCGAGUUUUACAACCGCAGCCUCCGUGACGGCUGGAUUGCUGGCAUGAUGGACUUUCGUGGCUUUGGCCGCAGCUGCGGCCGCCAUGGCUACAUCGAGAGCAUCGAGACGCUUGCGGAGGACGCUGUCGCGUUCGUGCAGGCCACCAAGGCCAAGUUCCCGGACCUCAAGCUCUUCGUCCUUGGCACGUCCAUGGGCGGUCUCACGCUCCUGCAUGCGACCUUGAAGAUGCCGCCGGGGCUCGUCGAAAGCUACAUCUUCCAUGCGCCGCCGGUCGAGAUUUCGAAAAACGUGCUGCCGCCCAAGAUUGUCGAGCUUGUGGGCCGCGUCCUGCUUUCUCUUGCGCCCAAGCUGCCGCUGCUCAAGCCCCAUAGUGCACAUAGCAACUCGCCGUCGCAGGAAGCGCUCGUGCACCACUCCAAGCUCGUGGACCCCAACUUUUACCAGGGCCGGCUGCGCAUUGGCACGGCGUACGCGAUGCUGAACGCGUCGCUCGCGAUCGGCGACAAGCUGCACGAGAUCACGGUGCCGCAUAUGCUCAUCCACGGCACGGCCGACCGCGUCUGCGACAUUGCCGGCUCGGAGCGCUUCUUUGCCACGUCGGGCGCCACGGACAAGCAGUUUGUCCGCAUUCCCGACGGCCAGCACAACUUGCUUCAGGAAGAAGAAAAGUACUGGCAUUUCUACCUCGAUACGAUUGCCGAGUACAUUCAAGCUCGCAUUUAAAGCUCAAUAUGAAUCGUCGACUUUGUAAGUGG